AUGUUUGUUCACUGCAAUCAGCACCACGACACUUGCUCCCUCCUCCUCCUCCCUACCCCUCCGCCCACCGAACCUCUUCCCAUGAUCGGCUGCAGGAAACUGCAGUGCAGAGGCAGCUGGAAGCAGGCGUUCUGCAGCCUGCCUGUCAAGGCUACUGCCGGCAUGACGUACCUUUGUGCUCUCGCAGCUGUCUUAGCCUGCUUCUCGACCGUUUCGGCGAUGCUAUACAUCUGUAUUCUCGGCCUGGAUGAUGUUUACUCGGUGCAGAACAGCCAAAACGUUUACUACUCGAAUGAAUCCCUCGCUGUGGCAAGCGGCGCGCUUGGGGACACAGCGAACACUGCCGAAAGUCCGACAUUGUUGUUUCCGCAGUUACGCGCCAGCGUCGGCCUCCACACCGUUUGCCUCGGUUACAACUGCUUCCUGCGCUCUCGUCUCAGCGGCGUCUCAGCCCUUGUGGCGAAUGCGGCUCAGGGAACCACACGGCGCCGUCUACCCAGAGAACUCGCCGCCGCGUACGAGGAGGCCACAUACCAGUACAUCUUUGGCUUCGACAUAGGUGCGCACUGCGGGACGCCACGGACCAAGAUACAGUCCCUUAGCACCUUCGGCGUGGCGGCAUCGGCGUUGUCGCUUGUAUUGUUGUUCGGACUGCUCGCCGUCAGCAUGGGUCUCUGCUUCGUGGCCGGCACAACGGACUUCCUGGCCAGCGAUACGACAGCCGACGGAGACUUCCAUCUCACCAACGUCGACGCGCUGGACGUGCCUGCAUCGUAUGGGAUGCGCCAAAUCCAUCGGCAUUUGCGAAUGAAAACGCCGCUGCUCCUGAGCGCGGGGAUACUUAGUUUCUUCGUCUUGUGCACGAGCGCUUGUACGAUGGGUGUCACCGUCGCAUUGAACCGGAGCAAGUCAAAAUGUGGGCAGUCUGUGUGCGGGGCGUUUAAGCAGGGCAUGGAGCACUUCUACGAGCUGGCGGACUCCCUCCACGUGAACGUCUCCACACCUCGCACCUACUCGUGCCAACCAGGCACCUCCUACAUCCUGGUUUUCGUUACUUUCUGUAGUUCUGCUGUAUGCCUCACAAUGAGCUCUGCGAUAUUCUUCUGCUACCGUCACUCUCGACACCACGAACAGAUGCUGGAGAUGCGCGAUCAGCUGCGGCGGAUAACGGAGGUGCAGGGUCUCGCAGGUGGCAGGAGUGUUGCCCGUGCGGAGUCGCGGCGCGGGACAGCGUUGGCGAGUAAAUCUUCGUUGAUCGUUUCUGUGAGUAGCCGUUCCCAGGCAUAUUCCGACAUGCACCACAGUGACUUCUGCGCCGACGGCGAACUAGCGCGGCGUCGUUACUUUGGGAAUCCGGUCGAGGGUGCGCAACGGCGCUCUCGCAGCGUUGGCGCCGGCAUCGAACAAUAUCGGCUCCUCAAGCAGUUCAUGGCGGAGGAGGAGCACUGCCGGAGGUAUAUCAAAGUGAUGGAGAGUGGCCACUUUCAAGUAUUCCUGGUACUGCGCGAGACUGUGUGGCUCACCGAAAAGCUUUGCAGACUCCACAAGUUUACACUCAACUGUUUUGUGGGUCCGGCUUUGGAGAUAUGCGUGCGGGAAACGCAGUGCAGGCAGCAGCUCAUUCGGGAGCACGACGCCGGUGUUACCGAGGUCCUCGCCAGCUUACGGGAGGAUGCGAGAGUAGCCUCGUCACAACCCCGUCAACCGCGAGUAGGGGGCGCGGUUCUACAAGAACAGGAGAGGGCAGUGUGGGACGAGCGUGUGCGACGGUGGCAGCAGGUGAGGGCGGACAUGAGUCGUAGCUUUCAGCGCACCGCCUCGCACGCAGCUGCGGAGGCGCCACUGCGGCGAAGGCCGUCUUCCCCGGCGCAUUUGCGGACAGCCUCGUGCGCGGGUCCGAAUAUGGUUGAGUGGUUCCAGAAGCUCGAGCAGCUAGAUGCCACCUCCGUCGACGAGCUUUUCUUGGCAGGCUCACUUGCGGAGCUUCCGCCCAGAAGGAAUGGGCGGCAUCAGGAGGCAUGCACCAGCACCAGUUUCUCCAGCCCCACCCGUACUAGGGCAGGCUUGCUCUUCUCCGGCGGCGAUAGCUUCGCUGCCUGUGAUGUAGCGCGGCCGAACGUGUGCACCGACGGCGCAUCAGCUACUGGAACCGCUGAACCGCACGAUCCCCCGUACGAACAGCAGGGGCGGCUGAACGAGGGCCUCUCUGAGCGACCAGAUAAGCUUUCUCGACAGUCAGACGUGAGCGACGCAAGGCUGGAGUGCAGCGGGAGCGCGUGUGCCAAGGUCGCAGAAAAAGGGAAGCAAAACAAGUCGUUCGAACUGCUGACGAGCCCUUCUGCAACAUUCACGUACUCUCUCCGCGGCAGCGUCUCCCUGGCCCCUUCACCGACACACGCGGCCAGCGAGUCGCAGUCGCUGCGGCCGGCGGUGAGUAUGUCGAACUCCAGCAGCAAAGUCGACCUCAUCAAUGUCGCUGGCGGUGGCAUAAGGCUGCAAACCGUCUCGCACCGCACCGACAACGCUUCGGCUGCUGCGGAGUGGCAUAAGGUGUAG